AUGCCUCGCCAUAAAGUGCCUGAGGAGAGAAAACGAAUAGCGAAGGCCUGCAUUCUUUGCCAGACCAACAAGACAAAAUGCGACGGCCUUUGUCCAUGCAGCCAAUGUAUUAAACGAGAGAGAUCCACCGCCUGUUCUUAUUCAGCCCACAGACGCUUAUACGGACGCCAACGGCGAUGGCCAAAGGAGGUGGACACGGACAUUCCCAAAGCAACACAAAAAGAAGCAACACAAAAAGAUGCAAAAGAUACCGAAAAUUCACCAAGUGACCGCUCCGAGUCGCAUAUCAAGCGCACACCCCUCCAUGAUUAUGGUGAACAGAAUGGCAUACAUAUCGCGAUUCCCAAACUACCCAGCACUAUGCGUGAUACGAAAGGACAAGCAAAGCUUGCCGAUGCGGCCAAAGACCUCUCAUCACUCUCAGUAGUAGAGGAGGUUCCGUCGACGAAUGGUGAAAAUGUGUUGGCUUAUAGCAAUGCGAAUCUUGGCGACCUAGAAGCUCUGGUUCAAGCAUUUUUCACAUCGUCAUUCUUUUAUCACGGCCGACGAAUUGCACUUAUAGAACUGACAGAGUAUCCCACUAUGGAAACAACACAAGCAUUUACGCUGAUUAGUCUAUACAUGCUUGGCUGCUGUCGAAGAGAUGGAGCUUACUUGAAUCUAGGCAUUGCAAUCAGCGCAGCAAAAUCACUUGGGUAUCAUCGUCCUGAAGCUACUUUUACUCAGUGCGAAGAGAACAAGCGAUUGAGGAAGCGAAUAUGGCGUACUUUGUGCUAUCACGAUUUAUUCUUCUGCGCCAUGAUGGGCCGUGCCCCAUUGACGUGCGCGAUGGAUUCAGCAGAAGAAGACGACGACCAGCAGCCCGAACCAAGUCAUCCUGAUAAAUGCCAGCAGCUCGGCAUGUACGAAUCGGCACGAGCCUUUUCGAUUUUGAAACAUACCGUACUCGAAAUAUACACGAAACAUUCUGCGCCAUUGGAGUUACUCCAACGACUCUCUCGACAGCUCCGUGAAAUGGGAACAAUGCUGCCGUUUGAACUUCGAAGCAUCAGCCCCAUGGCAUUUCCAGAACAUAAAUGUCCCAAGACCAGACAACUUAUAAUAAGGAAUGCUACUGUUGCUUGCAACUAUUAUUUUAGUAUGAUGCUUUUGACAAGGCCGUUCCUCAUCGCUUGUCUCAGGGCUAAAUACAACAAAUCACCAAAGGCGACUCAAAGCCCUGAGCUGAAUAAUGGUUGUCAAGACUCUUCGGAAGUUGACAAGAAUGUCAAAUAUGGAGCCAUGACCUCAUUUGAUACUGCCCUCAAAACGAUCCAGCUUCUACAUGAGCUGUAUGUGUCUGGGGUGCUCUUUAACAACAUGCCACUUGUUGUGUAA